GGAUGAAUAUACUAAUUAAAAAUUCUAUCUAUAUAUUUUCUUGACUAUAUUUAUUAAUUUCUGAUAUGUUUUUGUAUAGUCAUGUAAAGUGAACAAUAGCAAAUAUUAUCUAAUAGAAACAAGUAAAGGAAGUAACAAUGUCGUUCCAAUCUAAACUAUAAAAAAUAUUAUAAAGUGUUAUUUUCAUUUUUAAAUGGAAACCUGAGUAAUUUGGAAGUUUUUAUUCACCUGUGGAUUUACUAAUGGCAGCAUAUAUAGUAUUAUGGAUUAUAAUAACCGUGUUAACACAACAUAGUGCCUUUUCUUUGCAUUCACAUUACCCUCGACUUUUGCCUGUGAAUACAUCCGUGACUGUUCAUAGAGAGGAAACUGCCACACUGAAGUGUGCAAUAGACCACUUAGGGAGAAAAACAGUAUCCUGGCGAAAGCUUCCAUACAUUACUCCAAUAACAACAGGAGUGACACGUUUUGCACAAGAUAGCAGGUAUGAAGCAGUUCACGUUCCAUGGAAAAAACAGUGGAAUUUAAGCAUCAAAAGCGUACAGUUACAUGAUGCUGGUGUAUAUGAAUGUCAAGUAGGAACCCAUCGAAAAAAAUUACGACAAAAAAUAACGCUGCAUGUUAAAGAUGCUGUUUUAUAUAGGAAAGCUGACAUAAAGAUAACAGGAACGCAGUUUCCUGAAAAAGGAGGUAUCAUGUUUCUGUUUUGUAACGCAACAGGCAGGAAACAUGCUCCAAACAGAAUCGAUUGGUUUAAAAAUGGAGAGAGACUGUUUUCUGAACGAUUAGAAAAGAUGUCCAUUAAAAAGACUAUAUCUAUUAAUGCCGGUGUCAUGACCAGCUCGUUAGUGAUAACAGAUGUACACCCUGACGAUAACGGAACAUAUGUCUGUAGGGCAACAGGUCUUGAAGAGGAAACUCUCAUAACAAGUUUGAAGGUCAAUGUUUCAUAUGGUGGAUCAAGUCAUCCAAAGAGAGAUGUCACAAGAACAGAUACUCUUGAAUCCAAUUCUGCUCAAAUAACUGGUACGCAUCUAAAAUUCGAAUUGAUUUGUUUCUUCCUGACAUUCGUACUUUUGGUAUGGUGAUACACAAUAUAUGCGGUUAUAUAUAAUUCUGAGGUGCCUUAAUAACUAUAUUUAUUCUUCGAAAGACACAUUUCGUCGAAGCUUGCCAACAAAACUGUUCUCGAAACAGAACUUGACGUUGAGUACUCGAGCGAACAUGUAUGAUGACAUACAAAAUAGAGAACAUGCAGUAUUACUAGAUCAAAGCGCACGAAGUUCAUCGAUGAGCGUAAAGCAAAAGUUAUGUGAACGUAAUCGAGGGUUAUACUGCAAGGAUAAAAUACACACAUGUAAUCGAGGAGUUUGAUGUUUAAGCAAUGUGAAUUUGAAAUUAUGAGACUACCCUAACAUAUGCACAUAAUUAUUUGAGAAGUUCGGAGUAAAGGUUAUGUAAACGUAAACGCAUUAUACUACUGCAAUAAAAUGCAGAAAAUGUUAUUCGAGGAGUAUGUGGUCAAAGCAUUUUCACAAGGUAAGACAACUAGAACACACUCAAUAUUAACGACAGAAUCAUGAUCAGUUACAUCAGAGUGAUUAACAAAAAUGCGCCAUACACUUGAAAAUAAAUAUGUAAAUGACAGUGAACACAAAGACAAUUAUUUGAAGGAUGCAAAGACUAAACCAGCAAAUGAAUAGUCAGUUAUCAAAUUGUAUUAUGUGUGCUCCUUAU